GGUUGCUAUGAAAACUCUAUUUUAGGUUAUGAAGCAAAUUAUGUAGCUGAUAAAACCAAUGAUGAAAAUUUCGAAGUUGAUCUUAAAAUGAUUUUUGGUUAUUCAUCACAUACAGGUUGCAUUAAAAGCUUAGCCUCAUGUAAAAAUUCUUUAGUUAGCUCUAGUACUGAUGAAACUUCAAAGGUUUAUAAUUUAGCAAAUCGUUCAGAAGUUGGUCAAUUGCAAAAACAUGAAGGAUUUAUUACUUCGAUGGAAUUUUAUAAAAACAACUAUUUAUUUGCAGGUUCAAUGGACCAUACAAUUAGUGUUUGGAGAGUUAGUGAUUGGGAAUGUCUCAAGGUAAUGUCAGGUCCAAAGGGUGCAAUUAAUUCAAUUAGUAUUCAUCCAUCAGGUAAGGCAGCACUCAGUGUCAGUAAAGAUAGAAGAUUAUUCCUUUGGGAUCUUACCAAAGGUACAAGCGCACAUUUCCUCAAGUUCAAAACUGAAGCUUUUAAUGUACAAUGGUCACCAUCUGGAGAGCAAUAUACUGUAGUUUUCAAAGAUAAAGUUGUUGUAUAUGAUGCCAAUGAUUUCCAAGAGAUAUCAUCAUUCGAAUUUAAAUUACAAGUUUUAGCAAUUAAAUAUUUUGAUGCAAAUACAUUAUUGGUUGGUGGUGAAGAUAAAGUUGUUUCAGUUAUAAAUCUUAAAAGUAAAAAGAUUGUUAAGGUUUUAGAAGGCCAUAGCAAUAGAAUUAAAGCAAUUGAUAUUUUAACAUUUAAAGAACAUGAUAAGAAAUAUGUUGUUACAAUUUCAUCAGAUGGCUUGGUUCUUGUUUGGAAUUUUGAUACAAAGAUGCCAGUAGGUAUUGCCGAAACUGGUUUUAGAUUAACCACUUUAUCAGUU